AUGGAACUAACGAAUGAAACCAGUGUAUUCGAUUUCAUCCUCCUGGGACUUUCAGAGAAACCAGAGCAGGAGACUCUUCUCUUUAGUCUGUUCCUCUGCAUGUAUGUGGUCACAGUCGUGGGGAACCUGUUGAUCAUCCUGGUUAUCAGCUCAGACUCCCACCUCUACACUCCCAUGUACUUCUUCCUAGCCAACUUGUCCUUGGUUGAUUUCUGUCUGGCCACCAACACUGUUCCCAAGAUGCUGGUGAACAUCCAGACCAAGAGCAAGUCCAUCUCAUAUCCUUGCUGCCUAACCCAAAUGUACUUUUUUCAUUUUUUUGGCAUUGUUGACAGUGUCUUAAUAGCUGUAAUGGCUUAUGACAGGUUUGUGGCUAUAUGUCACCCCCUACACUAUACCACCAUCAUGAGCCCACGCCUUUGUGGCUUACUGGCUGGUGGUUUAUGGGUGUUUUCCUGCUUUAUCUCCCUCAUACACAUCCUCCUUAUGAUGCGCCUGGUUUUCUGUGAUGACAGAAAGAUACCUCACUACUUCUGUGACCUCACUCCCCUUCUCAGGCUUUCUUGCACUGACACUUCCGUGAACAAGAUCUUUGUGCUCAUCGUGGCUGGGAUGGUGAUAGCCACACCUUUCAUAUGCAUCCUGGCCUCCUAUGCUCGCAUCAUCAUGGCCAUCAUGAAGGUUCCCUCUGCAGGUGGCAGGAAGAAAGCCUUUUCCACCUGCAGCUCCCACCUCUCUGUAGUUGCCCUCUUUUAUGGGACCACCAUUGGGGUCUAUCUGUGUCCUUCAUCUGUCCGCACAGCCGUGAAGGAGAAAGCCUCUGCUGUAAUGUACACUGCAGUCACCCCCAUGCUGAAUCCCUUUAUCUACAGUCUAAGGAACAGAGAACUAAAGGGGGCCCUGAGGAAGCUCAUCAACAGAAAAAUUACCUCAUCUUCCUGA